AUGUCAUUCGUUCCUAUGUCAAGUGCUUCUGUGUGUCUUCUAAGCCCCUUUCACACGCUCUGGCGGAUGUAUAGACACCGGCGUCGAAAAUUUGAUUGUUCUUUCUUAGUAAUGAAAUCAAAUUGGGACGGUAAUUUGAAUUUCAUCAUCGUCUAUUGUGGCUGUGAUCAUGUUAGUGCCUGUAAAUCAAUAAAUAUGGGAUCAUAUCGAUAUUGGCAAAUCCUGUACUUGAUGGCAGGACCUAAUUGGUGGCGUGUGGUCGUUUUGUACGUAAAGCUAUUACGAAGUAGGUACGCCACACUAAAAGUCGGGCCCCGGUUUAAUUAA